CGUCCGACCCUCACUUCCGGCUCACGGACCGGGAAGGGGCGGGGCCGCCGUCGGUGGGCGGGGCCAGGUGAGGGCGGGGCCAGGCCGCCCAGGGGGCGGGGCCGGAACCGGGGUCGGGCUGUGGCGCGCACCGGAAGUGCGGGGGAGGAUGCGGGCCGCAGCCUGGGUGUGGGUUUACGCGGCGGCGGCCUGGGCCGUGUCCGGGGCCGGCGGCUCGCAGGGGGACCGCGAGCCCUACUACCGCCAGUGCGUGCGGCGGUGUGAGCAGCGCAACUGCACCGGCGCCGCGCUCGGGGCCUUCCGCACGGCGCAGUCCAUCCACAUGCAGCUGACAGGCUGGACCUGCGCUGACGAUUGCCAGUAUGACUGCAUGUGGGCGACAGUUAGUCUGUAUAUUAGGGAAGGACACAAGGUGCCUCAGUUUCAUGGCAAGUGGCCCUUCUACCGAUUCCUGUUCUUCCAGGAACCUGCCUCAGCCAUUGCCUCGAUGCUGAAUGGACUGGCCAAUCUGCUGAUGUUAGCCAAGUACCGGGCCGUGGUGCCUACAGAAUGCCCCAUGUACAACACCUGCGUCUCCUUUGCCAUCGUCAGCCUCAAUGCCUGGGUUUGGUCCACAGUGUUCCACACACGGGACACAGCACUAACAGAAAAAAUGGAUUACUUCUGUGCCUCGGCUGUGGUGCUGUAUUCCAUCUACCUGUGCUGUGUCCGGACUCUGGGUCUGUUCCGUCCUUGGAUGGCCAGUCUCUUUGGGACACUGCUCAUUGUGUUGUUCACAUGUCACAUCUGGUAUCUCACGUACGUGCAGUUCGAUUAUGGCUACAAUAUGGCUGCCAAUGUUUUAAUAGGCUUGAUGAACGUGCUGUGGUGGUUGGGCUGGUGCCUGCAGAACCGCACUCGCCUGCCCUACGUGUGGAAGUGUGCAGUGGUCGUGGUGAUGCUGCACGGACUGGCUCUCCUCGAGCUGCUCGACUUCCCCCCAUUGCUCUGGGUGUUCGACGCGCAUGCCGUCUGGCAUUUCAGCACCAUCCCUGUGCCGUUCCUGUUCUACAGCUUUCUGGUUGAUGACAGUCUGCAUCUUCUCGCUGUGAGGGGAGAUUAUCGGAAGGAGGAGUGAGCUGGUGACGGGUGUGAGCAUUGAAGGCAACGAGACUGAAUAUAACGCUCACACUGAUGCUUUGCACCCUUUUAGACUCUGAUUGAACUAAUUCAUUCCUGGUGUGUGAGUCUCCGAAUCAUGUUGGAACCCAGGGUUUAACCCUGCGUCAGCAGUGAGGAUAUGCUGAUUUUUGGUGAAGGGUUUGAUUCGAGAUGUGAAGACGCUGGAUGUAACUGCCCAAGGUUGGAGCAACGGUGCAUGUGGUCCCACACUGCCACCAAGAGGCACAAGACAUCAGGACUUCACUGACUGCAAACACGGGACAUUCCCCAGUGCACACUCCCCCCCCACCCCCUGUGUGGCCCCUCCCCACUGCACGGCAUCUGCCCAAUCCAAAGAUCAUCCACCCAAGCCCCGAGCUGCCUUCUGUGCCAGUGGUGUUGCUGGUGCCAGUUUGGAGCCACUGUGGUGUCGUGUCUGAUGCUGCAGUUCAGGGUCAGCCCAGGACACGGCUCUUGCCCAUCUCCAGGUCCUUCCUCGACCCUUUGGGACACCUAACCCUACCGAUGUGAGCAGCACCUCCCACUGCAUUACCUCUGCCUCCAUGCAAACCCUCACUGACACCCCCCACCACCUCAUCUUCACUCUUUGCCCCAUCUCCCCACAGCCUCCGGUCUCUCACCCACCACUCCUCAGGAUCAGAGACUCCAGUGCACUCUCCAGUGACCCUAGACUGUGAACUGCACCCACUGAAUGUCAGAGAAAUAUUUUGAAUAACUUCAAUAAAUAAGGAAAUUUGUGA